AAAAUCUAGCAAAAUGUCACAUUAAAUCUGUGUGUGAGAGAUUGGUCACGAGAAAGAAAACUGUGUGUGUGUGUGAGAGAGAAACAGAGAUCCCAGCAAAGAAGAUCGACGGGCGACGAAGAAAUACCGUCAAAGUCUCUCACUCACUCUUCUUCUGAGAUCUGAAAAUGUCAUCACCUGCUGAUGCUAAUGGAGCGAAGGUUUAUCCAGAGAACGGCGUGCAUGUUAAGCCAUUCAAGAUCUUCAUUGGAUACGAUCCGCGGGAAGAUCUAGCUUACGAGGUCUGCCGUUACUCCAUCCUCAAGCGUUCCACCAUCCCCCUCGAAAUCAUUCCAAUAAAGCAAUCUGAAUUGCGUGAGAAAGGUAUCUAUUGGCGCGAAAGGAACAAGCUUGAGAGCACCGAAUUCUCUUUCAGCCGUUUCUUGACUCCUUUCCUAGCCGGUUACGACGGUUGGGCCUUGUUCGUCGACUGUGAUUUCCUCUACCUCGAUGACUUCAAACAACUUACGGAUCUGAUAGAUAAUAAAUUCGCCAUUAUGUGUGUCCAGCAUGAUUAUACUCCGAAAGAGACUACGAAGAUGGAUGGUGCAGUUCAGACUGUUUAUCCCAGAAAGAAUUGGUCAUCAAUGGUGUUGUAUAACUGCGGACAUCUGAAGAAUAAGACUCUUACUCCAGAGAUUGUUAAUAAGGAGUCAGGUGCUUUCCUUCAUAGAUUCCAAUGGCUGGAGGAUGAAGAUAUUGGAUCAAUUCCAUUUGCUUGGAACUUUCUUGUGGGUCAUAAUAAGAUUGAGGAUGGAGAUCCGACUACUUUUCCCAAGGCAAUUCAUUAUACUCUUGGUGGACCCUGGUUUGAUGCAUGGAAGGACUGUGAAUUUGGGGAAUUAUGGAUCAAAGAAAUGGAAGAGUACAACAAGGCAAUGUAGAUGAACUUCGAAGUUCCGAUUGGUAAUAAUUGAAUUCUUCUAACUAUCAGUAUUGUUUUCAUUCUGUUUAUCUAUCAAAUCUAUAUUCUUUUUUACUGUAGGAAAACGAUUUCUUAUUGUUUACUUCAAAUUCAUAUAGUGUUAUUGAAUGAAUCAAUGUAAUAGCAGUGUAAUAUGGUCUGUGAUUAGUAGCGGAAUUCUGUAUACCACUAUCAGUUUACCUUAUUUGGUUUAUUUGCUUACU